GAAGACGAAGAAGAAGAAGAAGAAGAAGAAGACGCGCGCAAUGGGUAGAAUCGCCGGCGUGAGUUGUUGGCCGCUGCUCAGAUGCGUUGAACACGCAGCGUUGCUCGGCGGCGCCCUUCGCCGCGCUGCAACCGCGACGAGACGCCUCUCUGCUCGUCGCGUCCCGGGCUCGCCGGAACGGGACAGCCCGUACAGCUCCGUCGACAGCGAGCGCUAUUCUUCUCUCGUCAAAUCCGUCGUGUCGUCGCGGCAACGCUCCCCGAACCCCGAGGCGCUGGCCGAGGAGGACGAGCGCAUCUACGGGCCGGUCGUGAAAUCUCAAACGGCCGCUGCGACACCCGGGGAUCGAGUGCCCAAAAUAUUCCACCCGUUCUUAAGCGGCCGUGGGACCGUGCCUGCGGCGUCCGAGCCCGGGCCACCGACCCGGGUUUUGCUGGAGAGGGGCCCGGGCAGGUCCGCGGUGCCCAGCGUCACCCGCAUACUCCAGCAGACGAUGUCCCCUGAGCAAAGGUUCCACCUGCAGAGGUGGAAGAAGAGGAUGGUAGCCGAGCUGGGAGAGGACGGCUUCGAGGAGUACACUAAAAACAUAUUUAGAUAUGGGUCGCUCUUCCAUGCUGCCGUGGAGGACGUCCUCGCGUCAGAAACGACGGGGAGGGGCGCAGAUCCCGCAGAGGCCCCCGGACGUCCAGCCGAGGUGGAGGGAUACAUGAAGAGCAUCUCCGGCGUAAUGGAAGAGGUCGACGGCGUGAGAGCCAUCGAGAGCACUGUGCAGCACGGGAAGCUGAAUUACCUGGGUAUUGUAGACUGUGUGGCUCGAUACAGGGGUGUGCUGUGCGUGAUUGAGUGGAAGACCUCCGAGAAACCCAAGCCCUACCUGAGCAACACGUACGACAACCCUCUUCAAGUGGCAGCUUAUGCUGGAGCGUUGAACAAUGACGACAACUACAAAUACCAGGUUGAAAACGGACUGAUUGUGGUGGCUUAUAAGGAUGGCUCACCUGCCCAUGCUCAUCUGUUGCACUUGGAACAGAUUCUAGAGUACUGGAAAAGGUGGUUGGUCCGCCUGGAGAAGUUCACUGAACAGACAUGAAGGAAAAUGCAUUGCUGUCAAAGGUAUUAUUUUCACGUCAAGGAUGUUUUCAAGGUUGCCAGGGUACACCAUGACACCGGUGGAUCAGUGACUGUGUCAUUGCUGAUGUUUAUUGAGCCACUGCAGACACCGUUACUGAGGGAACUCUCAGUUAUACAGGGUGAGGGCCCGCGAAGCGAUGGUGCUGGAUGCCAGCUACACCUAUGUGGUCUUAUUGCAUCCUCGUCGUGUUGGUUAAUAAACCAGGUUAUGAGUACUAACCCUGCGUCAUUCAUGAGAACACGAAACAACACCCAUGGUGGAUGCUGUCAUUGUUGUUUUUCUGGAAAUCAGUGUUAUUGUUUUUGUUGUUUUGUCGUUUUUAAUUUUAUUGCUUUUAUUCCUUUUUUUUCUAUUGAGUCAUUGUGAGAUAGAUAUUGAGAGUGACACUCUGAUGUGUGAAAAACCAAGUUGGAUGUUUUCAAGGUUGCCAGGGUGCAAUACUCUGAACACCGUGACACCCAUGGUGGAUGCUGUUAUUGUUGUUUUUCUGUAAAUCAGUGUUAUUGUUUUCUUUGUUUUUGUUGUUUUAUCGUUUUUAUUUUAUUGUUUUUAGUUUCUAUGGAGUCAUUGUGAGCUAGAUAUUAAGAAUGACACCGAUGUGUGAAAAACCAAGUUUACUAUUUAGGUUUAUGAAUUGAGCAUUAGAGAGGGGGCAGGACAUUAUAAGUAGUAACUUCCUUCUGCUCCUUUUCGAACAUAUAACAUUUGUUGGCUUCUCUAUUGACAAUUCUUGUUGAAUUCUUCUGGUCUUAUUUUUAUCAUUGUUUUUUUUUUCUUUGUUGGUGGCUGGUGUGGCAGAGGACAGGAAGAAAUGGAAACGGAUGAUCCGCUUUGGUGACCCCUAGCGGGAGCAGCGGAAACUGAUAGUAGAUUUUUUUUUGUUGCUUUAUUUAUGCUUGGUCAUUUUUUCUUUGAUUUAGCAUUUUCGAGAUAAAGACGUUUGAUUUGAUAGAAGUAUUUUUUUCCUGCAGAUCUUGGGAGGAAACAUGUUUUUUUUUUAUCCUUUUAAAAUUUUUAAUUGUACGAGCUUUCAUAUCAUGCUUAAUAAAAUCCAAGCUAUUAACCAUAAA